UCGGACCAUUCAUUAUCUUCUACCCGGACUUCGUCUGACCAUGGCUAGAUCAAAGUGCGAGUGAGCUGAUCGACCAUCCCUACCAUAUUCCGCCUAUCCGCGUUCAAUCUAGGCCACCACCAAGUGUGACGCGCGCGCGCUCCGUCCCCCUGCUCCUCCUGCGGACUCUGCUGUCGGCCACGAUGCGAGCUACUGCAGGAACCUCCCUCCCAGAUAAACAAAUCCCUUCUCGAAUUGACCUACCCAUCUCUCAGUAUAUGCGCGCUGCGAUUUGUCUUCGUCACUGAAAAAGCUCCCCAUAACCUCUAUACGCCUGCUCCGAGACCGACGAUCCUCAUACCCUCGGUCCUCCCACCAUUUACUUCCAAUCUCACCCUUACUCACCCGCCUUAUAACCAGCCAAAGAAGAGCCCACUCAACCCUCAUAUCGGCCUGACCUACUAGGGGCUAUUGCUGUGUGCGAAAAUGCCUGGAUUACCAGCGAGCAUAGAUCUGGACGAGUGCAUCGAGAGACUCUAUCGCAAAGAGUUGCUGGCGGACUCAGUCAUUGAAGCGAUAUGCGCCAAAGCCAAGGAACUGUUGAUGAAGGAGAGUAAUGUGGUCCACAUUGCGGCUCCAGUCACGGUGGUUGGAGACAUCCACGGACAGUUCUUCGACAUGAUUGAGAUCUUUAAGAUCGGCGGGUUUUGUCCGAAUACGAAUUAUUUGUUUCUAGGCGACUACGUUGAUCGCGGGCUGUUCAGCGUGGAGACGAUCUCGCUCCUGGUGUGCCUGAAGCUGCGGUACCCGCAGCGGGUGCAUCUGAUCCGGGGCAACCACGAAUCGCGCGGGGUGACGCAGUCGUACGGGUUCUACACGGAGUGCGCGCGCAAGUACGGCAACGCGAACGUGUGGCACUACUUCACGGACAUGUUCGACUUCCUGACGCUGAGCGUGGUGAUCAACGACCAGAUUUUCUGCGUGCACGGGGGGCUGUCGCCGUCGAUCCACUCGAUCGACCAGAUCAAGAUCAUCGACCGGUUCCGCGAGAUCCCGCACGAGGGGCCCAUGGCCGACCUGGUCUGGUCCGACCCGGACACCGAGCGCGACGAGUUCUCGCUCUCCCCGCGCGGCGCCGGCUACACCUUCGGCGCCCAGGUCGUCCGCAAGUUCCUCGAGGUCAACAGCAUGUCGCACAUCCUGCGCGCCCACCAGCUCUGCCAGGAGGGCUACCAGGUGCUCUACGAUGACCGCCUCAGCACCGUCUGGAGCGCCCCCAACUACUGCUACCGCUGCGGCAAUCUCGCCAGCGUCCUCGAGGUCAGCGACUCCGGCGAGCGCUACUUCAAUAUCUUCGACGCUGCCCCCGAGAACGAUAUCCAUCGCGGCGAGCAGCAGGCCCAGCAGAAUAAGGACGGCCAGAGCCCUGUGAUUGACUACUUUCUGUGAUACCCAAUCUUUUUUUCUUUGUCUGUGUGUAUGUCUAAGACCAUUUUGUCGUUUUCUGUGGUGGAAAUCUUCUAUUCUAUUCGAUAUUAUUAUUUAUUCUCUUCGAUUGGGCUGUGUCCCCUCCCCCCGUCUUCCCCCACUUCUUCCUAUUUGUUUAUGAUUGUUGGGAGCUUGGUAAAUAACAAACGCAUCUAUAGAUCGCAGUCGGGUGCCAUGUAAGAGGAAGAGAG